UGAAGAAUUAAUUUGAAUUCUAAUAAAAGAUCAAGCGAAUGGACGCCACUAAAACAGGGAUUUAGUUUCGCUACUUAUAUAUAUACAGAAUCAACUAUGCAUCAUGAUUUAUUAGUUUCACAAAAUGAUGCCAAGGAACACACUGAACUAUGCCCCCUACGCCGCCGCCGCCGCCGCCAUCACCACCAAUGCCGCUCCGGUGAUCAAUCCAGAAUUCAGGCUUGCAUAUCACGUACUACUCUCCAAAAAAACCGGCGGUUACAAGAACGUUGUCUUUUCGCCUUUGUGCAUCAAACUCCUUCUUAGCAUUGCCGCCGCCGGGUCCAACGGCCCGGUUUGUGACCAACUCCUCUCGUUCCUCCGAUCAGAAUCCAUCAACGAUCUCAACUCCGUCGCAGCUCAGCUCUUGUCCUCCGUUCUUGUCGACCGUUCUUCGAGCGGCGGGCCUCACCUCUCUUUCGCGAAUGGUGUUUGGGUUCACAAAACCCUAUCUCUGAAGCCUUACGUCUCACAAGUUUUGGAGAAUACUUACAAGUCCACUUUCGCUUCACUUGAUUUCACAAACACGGGUGAAGUAGCGAAGGAGAUUAACUCAUGGGCUGAAAGGGAGACCAAAGGCGUUAUUAAGAACUUGAUUGAUCCUGGUUCAAUCCAAUCGACGGAUUUGAUCAUGGCUAACGCACUCUACUUCAAAGGAUUAUGGAAAAACAGUGGCAUCUUCAGAGAAACAGGUACACAGGAUGGCGACUUUCACCUCUUAGAUGGGGGUGGCUCAGUGAAGGUUCCCUUCAUGGAUGGAAGUCACCGCCAAUACGCCAUUGCUCAUCAUUAUCAAGAUUUCAAGGUCCUCAGUCUUGAUUACAAGGAAGCCAGCAGCGAAGAUGUCCCCAGAAGGAGGUACACUAUGCAUAUUUUUCUUCCCGAUGAAAUCAACGGCUUGCCGGCUUUGGUUGAAAAGGUGUGUUCUGAUUCUGUAUCUCUUGCAAGCAUGCUCCCGGUCAGUUAUAUAGAUUUAGGUAUAUUAAAGAUCCCAAAAUUUAAGCUAUCUUUCAAGGUUGAGGCUUCGGCAAUGUUAAAGGAGAUGGGUUUGGUGUUACCAUUCAUGAAAGAAGCUUUAAUCACUGAAAUGGUGGAAGAGAGAGCUGUGUAUAUUUCCGGAAUUAUCCAGAAAUGCAUCAUUGAAGUGAACGAAGAAGGGACCAAAGCUGUUGCAGCUGGAAGGUUGCAAAUACCUACCACUGCAGGAAGAGGAAGAACAAGGAGGGAGAAGCCUCCUCCUCCUUUUGACUUUAUUGCAGACCAUCCAUUCUUGUUUCUCAUCAGAGAAAAGUAUAGUGGAACUGUUCUCUUUAUUGGUCAAGUGCUCAAUCCUCUUGAUGAAUGAUGCCAUAGUUAUCAAUAUACCAAUGCAAAUGCUUAAUUGAUUAGGCUACCUGUUUUUAUUUAAAUUUGUUACUUCAAUCAAUUUUGAUGGCUACAUGAUUUAUACUUUUUAUGACU